AUGGAGCUUGUGUUUGAGAAUGGGCAGAUUCUUGCAAAGAGCCAAAGAUCCAAUGGCCUUUCUCUGCAGAAUCAACGUACCAAAUCGAUCGUGGAUUUGUACGAGGCCGAGUAUAACGAGGAUUUCAAGAAGAGUGUUCAUAUUCAUGAUGUCGAUACUAGUAACAAGAAUCUUGUAGACACACAGGUUUUUCCAGAACCUCUUGUUGUUGCUGCAUAUGAAACAAACAUGCUGAUGAAUCAACUUAAUUUGAUUCAGACGUUGAAAGCUUCUUCAUCAAAGAGGAUGGUGGUUGAUUAUGAGAACCGAAAUGAUAUUGUACCUCCGGAUGAGCAAUCUGCGGUUGCUGAGAGAUCGGUUGAAUUGGGCUAUGAAUCCACAGAUUUUACUGAAGACAGUGAAGAAUCGACGUAUCAAAGCAGUAGCCUAGAUGAUGUGAGGCCACAAGUUCCUGCAAUUACAAGCAAGGUUUUGGUCAAGAGAAGACGCAAACAGAAGCAAACAGAUAUCAACAAGAAAAUGCGUAAUCUGCAGGAUCUACUACCUAAUUCUCAAAAGGACGACAACGAAGCAUUACUAGAUGAAGCAAUCAAUUAUAUGACGACCCUUCAACUUCAAGUUCAGAUGAUGGCGAUGGGUAACAGAUUUGUUACACCAGCAACGGUGUUGCCUUUGGGGCCGCAUUACUCUCAGAUGGGUCUAGCAACAGGUAUGCCAAUGGGCGUACCACAGCUUCUCCCUGCGCCUGUUCUAGGAGCUGGCUUGCCAUUGGUUGGUAACUCGCCAGAUGUGCUAAGGGUUCUCAACCAUCCUGGACUAAUGCCAAUUCAAAACUCAGCACUUUUCACACCAACGGAAAACUAUUUGCCCCAAUCUGUUCCGCCGCCGUCUGCUGCUUUGCCUAAGAAAAUACCAAACCCCACCACUUCGUCAAAUCUAAAUGAUGCCAGCCAGAUGGGAGGAAACCUCUCGGUUAAAGAAUCUGAUAAACCGUGAGCAGAUGAAAUAGACAGUGAUGAUAGUUACCUGCUGAUUCGCCGACUUGUUAUUCUCCAAGUAAGUAGUGAGAAGUUCUCACUGAGAACACUGGGCCAUAUCAAGGUGAACCAUACAGAUCCAAAAAAGCACUACAAGAUAAGAACAACUUACCAUUAAAGGAUCUGCUCAAGUUUCUCCUAUUUAGUGCCAGCUUUCCUAGUUCGUGUAACAUAUAGGAUAAUAAUUAUUAUUAUCUCGAGUACUAGUUUCCGUCUGAUGACAAAUACAUCUGAUUUAUACAUUA